AUGGGAAGAAAAACAAGGUGGCUGAAGGGUCUUUUUGGGUUUGGAAUAACAAAGAAAGAGAAGGAUAAAAAUGAAAAUUCAAGUUCCGGUGGCCGGGAAAUCAAGAACCUGCGGAUUCCCGGGAGGGACACCACCGGGUUGUGUCACAAUCCGACGACCAUACCGCCAAAUAUUACUCCUGCUGAGGCUGCAUGGUUGAGAUCUUUCUACGGUGAGUCGGAGAAUGAGCAGAGUAAGCAUGCAAUAGCGGUGGCUGCCGCCACUGCCGCUGCAGCUGAUGCGGCCGUUGCUGCCGCACAGGCGGCUGUUGCAGUUGUUAGGCUCACCAGUCAUGGUAGAGGUACAAUGUUUGGAGAUUGCCGGGAAAAGUGGGCUGCUGUCAAGAUCCAGACAGUCUUCCGUGGAUUUUUGUCAAGAAAAGCUUUGAGGGCAUUGAAAGGAUUAGUGAAGCUUCAAGCAGUGGUGAGAGGAUAUUUUGUGCGUAAACAAGCCGCUGCUACGCUUCAUAGCAUGCAAGCUCUUAUUCGAGUACAAGCCAGUGUUCGUGCACAAAAAACUCGAGGUUUCACCAUCAAUAAUGGGAGUUUUCAGCCUCAAUUCCAUGCCUGCAAAUCUGAGGAAGAUGGGAGUGAGCACGCAAUGUCAAUCCAUAGCAGAAAGCUUUCUGCAUCAUUUGAGAGUGCCAUAAAUGCAUUUGAUGAAAGCCCCAAAAUUGUGGAGGUUGAUACAGGCAGGCCCAAAUCAAGAUCCAGGAGAACAAACUCAUGGAUUUCAGAUGCCGGAAAUGACUCAUUUGGCCAAGCAAAUUCCUCUCCAUUUCCGACUGGGAUUCAGGCACGUUUAUUGAUACCCGAUUCCAGGAAUUUCCAGGACCAGGAGUGGGGCCUAACUGGCUUCUCCACAGCCCAAAGCACUCCAAGAUUUUCAAAUUCCUGUGGAUGCAAUGUAGCUGUCACACCAGCAAAGAGUGCCUGUUUGGAAGGCUACUUUAGUAAUGCAAAUAAUCCAAAUUAUAUGGUGAACACACAGUCAUUCAAAGCUAAACUGAGGUCCCAUAGUGCUCCAAAACAAAGGCCUGAACCAGGAGCUAAGAAAAGGCUGCCCCUCAACCAAAUGAUGGAAUCAAGAAAUAGUCAUAGUGGCAUUAGAAUGCAAAGGUCCUGCUCACAAGCUCAAAAUGCCAUAUAUUUCAGGAAUGUUGCUAUGAGAAAGUUGGGAAGGUCUAGAGACCAUGAUAGGAAUCAUUCCAUGAACGACGACUACUAUCCUUGA